AAUACGACAAGCUUACAUUUCCGCCAUUCCGAAUAUUAAACCCUCAGAAAUUCGCAUUGCUUUUUCGUCUUCUUCAAGCUUUCGAUCAGAAUUCACUCGUCAUCUUCAACAAUGGCUGAAUCAUCACUCGCCCUGAAGCGCCUCCUUUCGUCCGGCACGGUGUCUCUGCCAGCAUCGUCAAGUGUGUUUGAUCCGUUCUCAGCAAGGAGCAACUUGUCCCAAAUACUGAACAUGAUGGACCAAUUCACGGAAUCCCCUGUUUCCGCCUCCGCCCUUCGAAUGGAUAUGCCCGGAUUGGGGAUAGAAGAUGUGAAGGUUUCUGUGGAGCAGAACACACUUGUUAUCAAAGGUGAGGGCAACAAGGAAUCCGAGGAAGAUGGAUCUGGCCGGAGGUACACCGGCAGAAUCGAUCGAAGCACAUAA